AUGUCACAUGGCUUCGUGGAUGCGUCGCGCGUAGCCACGGACUCGUACGAAGAGUCUCCUGCGACCUCUGACUUGGACAUGUUCUUUCCUCUCCUCCUUCGCACUGUGCGUACGCCAGAAACACAUGUUGUUUCGCGUAUAUCCAUCCACUUGGAGCCAUUCGUGCCGGAUGUGGCCCUAGACACGUCGGAAUUGUUUAUGGCGCAAGCCCCAAAUGCAAAUGCAUCGGCCACGAUGCUGGACUAUACAACAAGUGAGCGACUGCUUGGAGUCAUUGCUGCGCUCAUACGCAUGGUCGUCAUUACAGAAGAGGAUGGGGGAUCGGAGGAUAGCUACCUGCCUUUUGAUCCAUCGUCGCGCGUGUGGGCAGACUUGAUACCUGUUUCACAGGACGACGGGCCACAGCCGUUGUGCCCGAUUUUGUACGAUCCGUUGUAUGCGCAAGCGAUGGGCUUGUUCCGUGCACUCAAAAGCGCUAGCAAUGAUGGUGUAGAAGUGUCAGAGCGUGCACUUGCACUGACAGAACAUCUCAUUGAUCUGAACCCUGCGAAUUAUAGUAUCUGGCAAUACCGUGCGUCGAUAUUGAUGCAAAUGGCCGCGGAGGAUCCAGGCGUACUGCGGAAAGAGCUUGCGUUUUUGAACGAUUUUGCCGUGGGAAACAUGAAAAAUUACCAGAUUUGGCAACACCGCCGUAUUAUUGUAUCUAUUCUAGGUGACCCUUCGCAUGAACUUGCGUUUACGCAGUCGGUCCUCGAUUUGGACAGCAAAAACUAUCAUACCUGGGCAUACAGAGAAUGGGUACUCGUGCAUUUUGGUGGUCUUGGCGAUGGAAGGCAUGCGUCUUCUCCUGGAGGGGGAGAAUAUCCGCAGCUUUGGGAUGGCGAGCUUGCCUAUACGGACCGUCUGCUGGACGAGGAUGUGCGCAACAAUAGUGCAUACAACCACCGCUUCUUUUGUACACUCUUGCGUAUUGCAGAUGGAAAAACAUUAAGCGCAGAGCACGAACCCGUGCGCGACAAUGAAAUUGCCUACGCACUCGGCAAGGUAACCGUCGCGCCGAACAAUGCGAGUGUGUGGAAUUAUUUGCAAGGGCCAUUGCACACACUGGAUGCACGAGUUAUGCAACAUAUUCCCGAACCGGACCAUGCGAAAGCUGCGGCCUAUCCAGAUACGGACCGCGGCGGUCGGACGCCGCCAGGCGCGCUGGAAUGGAUGCUGGAGAGUACAUUGGAACGUAUCGAUGCAGGGGAGAAAGGCCUGCUGCAUACUGCAAAGCUGAUCCUUGAGCGCCUACGCCAUGCCGAGACCGUGCGCGAAAAAUACUGGCAGUUCCGCGCGAGGAUUCAACAUGUGUGGCAUAUUAACCGUAGUGAGGGGUGCAAUGCACACAUUGGCCAGGGUGUUCGCUUUAAUGCGGAAAAGAAGCAAGUGGACAGCUACUACAGCACACCGAUCUGGUCGUUUCGAUACUCCGAGGCUGCAGUGAAAACUGAACAAGAAGGCGGUUUUGCACAGUUAGAAAAGCGACAGGAAGAGCGGAAAGCAGCACCGAAACGGCAGGCGCGUAUCGACGAGCUGGAAGAGUGGGCAGAAAAGCGAUGGGCCGAGCCGUACGAGAAAAACGCAUCAUUGCGCCAAAUAUUUCGUGCCGAGAAGCACGCACGAACAGAGCGUGCGAUCCGGGAUGCUGCACUACGCGAGCGGAUGGGGUGGGACCAAGACAAGGUGCUUGUUGGUGAGUCGUCGCACGACCCCUCGCUCUCGACCCCGGUAAUUCGGCAACAAUGGCAAGAGGCGCGUCGGGUGCGUGGUGUGCGUACAAAGACUGCCCCGACCACUCGACGAACUCGGCGUGCGCAGCUAAGUCCAGCGGCCCACUCGCUUGCGGAUCGUCUUUUGGCGAAACAGAAAUGA